AUGGGAAAAUUAUUCCAAAGCCUGUUUCUUGCAGUUACCGUGUUUAUUCAACUGAAGAGCAAUGGUGCUGUAGUGGAGGCUGGAGAUACUCUUUUGCUGGGUUCCUCGCUUACUGGAAAUCAGACAAUUAUUUCAAAGAAUGGCACAUUUGAGCUGGGAUUCUUCAGUCCAAAUGGAAACAACUGGUAUAUUGGCAUCUGGUAUGCCCAAUUACAAGAGAAGACGUCUGUUUGGGUGGCUAACAGGGAGACUCCAGCAAGAAACCGGUCGGGCGUUUUGAAGCUCUCACGAGAAGGUAAUCUGAUACUGUUCGAUGCAGAGGGCGCAUCUCUUUGGUCAGUCAACACAACAAACAAGGCCUCCCGAGCUGUGAUAUUGGAUUCUGGUAAUUUUCUAGUUAUGAGAAAUGGGAAUAAAUCUGAAACUAUUUGGCAGAGUUUCGACAAUCCCGUCGAUACCUGGUUGCCAGGGAUGGUAGUUGGUGGAGAGCGAAAGCUAGUCUCUUGGAAAAACUCAUUGGAUCCUGCUCUAGGGCUUUUUUCCUUACACACGAAUCUAUCUGGGGCCAAACAAUUCGUGCUGACAUGGAACAAUACUGUACAGUAUUGGGAGAGCGGGGCUUGGGACGGCAAAAUUUUAAGUGGAAUUCCAGAACUUGAAAUCAAACAUCUCGCUAAUUUCAGCUUUGAAAGUAAUAGCUCAGGUUUGUUUCAAACCUAUACAUUGAUUCCUCCCUUCAAUGCACUCGUACGUCUCGUCCUGACUAAGACCGGACAAGUGCAUAUGUAUCUAUUCGAUGGCAGUAACUGGACCAUGACUUGGUCUUUGCCCAGAGAUGGUUGCGCUGUAUAUGGUCCUUGUCGUGCGUACGGAGCCUGCGAGUCUAGAGAUCUCCAAGUCUGUAGCUGCGUGGAAGGCUUCAAACCCACAGACAAUCGCGCCUGGCUCUCGCAAGAUUGGGCAUCCAGUGGCUGUAUUCGGCAGAGCCCGUUAAACUGCAGCACUGACGGAUUCAUCGACAUUGAUGUCACUUUGCCAAUCGAUUCUGCUUCUUCAUACCCUGCAUCUACAAAGAAAGAUUGCCAGAAAGCCUGCUUCCACAACUGCUUAUGCACAGCGUUUAGUUUCAAUCCGCCUUCAGGGCCCUGCCAAAUAUGGUUUGGAGAUUUGCUAAACAUGCGCAACAUUACUUCAUCAAAAAGCAAUUCAAAUGUCUUCAUUCGGGUAGGUGCCUCUCAACUUUCUCCGAAACACAAAAACACGGGUACUGUAGGCCUAGUGCUUGGUAUUGUAGGUGCACUCACCGUUGCUCUGGGUGUCUCUUCAAUUUUAAUUUGGUGGAGGCAUCAGCUGCGGUCGAUGGACAGGCCUGCAGAUCCCUCCAACUCUUUUCUGAGAAUGUUUACUUACAAAGAAUUGAAAUUUGCGACAAGGAAUUUUAGGUCUAAGUUGGGGAGCGGAGGCUUUGGCUCCGUGUUCAAAGGAUCUCUACUGGAUGGUACGCUUGUGGCCGUAAAAAAAAUGAAGGGGUCAAUACAAGAUGAGAAGCAAUUCCGAGCGGAAAUAAGUUCUCUUGGAAACAUACAACAUGUCAAUUUGGUAAGGCUUCGAGGGUUUUGUGCAGAAAGAUUGAGACGGUUAUUGGUUUAUGAUUACAUGCCCAAGGGCUCUUUAAAUUCCUUACUGUUUAAGAGUAAUUGCAAAAGUAAAGGAGAGAUGCUCGACUGGAAGACCCGAUUUGAGAUUGCAGUAGGCACUGCAAGAGGUUUACUUUAUCUCCAUGAGGAAUGCAGAGAUUGCAUCAUUCACUGUGAUGUUAAACCUGAAAACAUUCUGCUAGAUAGUAAUUUGUCACCGAAGUUGGCCGAUUUUGGAUUGGCAAAGCUUGUGGGUAGAGAUUUUAGCUGCGUACUGACUACUACAAGAGGAACGAGAGGGUACUUGGCUCCAGAGAGGAUCUCCGGUCUUCCCAUCACUUCCAAAGUUGACGUCUACAGUUUUGGCAUGACGCUGUUGGAAAUCAUUUCUGGGAGAAGAAAUCUAGAUUUAACCGUGCAAGAUUCAAGUUUGUAUUACUUUCCUCCGUGGGCUGCAACUCAAAUUCAUCAGAGGAAGACGAUGAAUCUUGUGGAGGAGGGUGUUGCAGAGGAGGCAGACAUGGAAGAAGUGAGAAGAGCAUGUGUUGUAGCGUUAUUGUGCAUUCAAGAGGAGGAGGAAGUGAGGCCUAGCAUGAGGCAAGUGGUGCAGAUGCUGGAAGGGAAGACGGAGCUUCAAACUCCGCAGAUUCCGAGCUCUGCGGUUAGGCCACCACACCAAAGCGACACAAGCAGCUAG